AGGUACAGAACAACAAUAAGCUAUCGCUGCACGAGGAAAAGAGAAAGAAAUAUUUUGUUGAGUCAAGAGCGGCUAACAUUUGCUUUUCGUCUCAAGGAAGUGUCAAGCUAACUAACGUGUAGUAAUAAGGCCGACAUAAUAGGCAGCCAUGUCCCGCAGAUAUGAUUCAAGAACGACCAUAUUCUCACCUGAAGGUCGCUUGUACCAAGUGGAAUAUGCCAUGGAGGCUAUCGGCCAUGCCGGCACCUGCUUGGGAAUUCUCGCUAAUGAUGGGGUGCUGCUGGCAGCCGAGAGGAGGAACAUCCACAAACUUCUGGACGAGGUGUUCUUCUCAGAGAAAAUCUACAAGUUGAAUGAGGACAUGGCCUGCAGUGUUGCUGGAAUCACCUCAGACGCUAACGUGUUGACCAAUGAGCUGAGGCUUAUUGCACAGAGGUAUUUAUUGCAAUAUCAAGAGCCUAUCCCAUGCGAGCAACUGGUGACAGCAUUGUGUGACAUCAAACAGGCCUACACACAGUUUGGUGGGAAACGGCCAUUUGGAGUGUCCUUGUUGUACAUGGGCUGGGAUAAGCACUACGGCUUCCAGCUCUACCAGAGUGACCCAAGUGGAAACUACGGAGGCUGGAAAGCAACAUGCAUCGGCAACAACAGUGCGGCUGCAGUAUCUAUGCUGAAGCAGGAUUUCAAAGAGGGUGAGAUGACUCUGUGCUCGGCACUUGCACUAGCAGUUAAGGUCCUCAACAAGACAAUGGAUGUGAGCAAACUGUCUGCAGAAAAAGUGGAGAUCGCCACCCUGACACGAGAGAACGGGAAGACCAAAAUAAAAGUGCUGAAACAGAAAGAGGUGGAGGAGCUCAUCAAGAAGCACGAGGCCGAGGAGGCCAAGGCCGAGAAAGACAAGAAAGAGAAGGAGCAGCGGGAAAAAGACAAGUGAAGCGACAGACGCAGUUCGUCGGAAGUGUGUGUUAAGUAAAUAUGUUUGGAUUGAGUUUUUCUAUAAUAAAAAAGUCUCGAAACGC